AUUAACCCCUUGACUUCCUCCGCAAUCUACUUUACUCUAUUUUCUGGGACUAUAAUUACACUUUUCAGCUCACAUUGACUUCUAACUUGAGUAGGCCUUGAAAUAAGCAUACUAGCUAUUAUCCCCAUUCUAAUUAACAAAGGAAACCCUCGAUCCACAGAAGCUGCAUGCAAAUAUUUUCUCAUUCAAGCCACCGCAUCAAUAAUCCUAAUAAUAGGCACAAUAAUUAACUUCAUAGACUCAGGUCAAUGAACUCUGUCCAAUCCAUAUAAUCAAAUCUCAUCAUUCAUAUUUACAAUUGCACUUUCAAUAAAAAUAGGACUCGCUCCAUUUCACCUAUGAGUUCCAGAAGUAACCCAAGGAAUUCCACUCAAAUCAGGACUAAUCAUGCUAACAUGACAAAAAAUUGCCCCAAUCUCUAUCGUAUAUCAAAUCGCACCCUCUAUAAACCCAACCCUCAUACUACUUAUAGGGACCCUAUCAGUCAUACUAGGAGGAUGAGGAGGACUUAACCAAACCCAACUACGAAAGAUCAUAGCAUACUCAUCAAUCGCCCAUAUAGGAUGAAUAAUAGCAAUCGUCACAUAUAAUCCAACCUUAACAAUAUUUAACCUAGUCAUUUAUAUUAUACUUACCAUCAAUAUAUUUAUACUUCUCCUAUUUUAUAAAAAAACUUCCACCCUUUCCCUGUCUAACAUAUGAAAUAAGUUCCCUCUUCUAACACCCACAAUUUUAAUUGUACUAAUAUCACUAGGAGGAUUACCUCCUCUAACAGGAUUUACACCAAAAUGAAUUAUCCUUAAAGAACUUAUUUCAAAUAACAACAUCAUCUUCUCUUCACUAAUAGCAACUCUAGCACUACUAAACCUAUACUUCUAUACACGACUUAUCUAUUCAACAUCUCUAACCUUAUUCCCAUCAUUUAAUAACACUAAGAUAAAAUGACAAUUCGAAAAUAUGAAACUCACACCUUUUCUACCCACACUAAUUAUUACCUCUGCUCUUUCUCUCCCACUAAUACCCCUCUUCUCACUCCUAAACU